CACUUGGUACGAGAGCUAAAGAUCGAGAGGUUCAAUGUCGCGCGGGCGAACGUACUAGUAGUCAAGAGAGCAGGAGAGCAAGGGGGUUCACGAGACAGCUCGCGCAGGUACGUCAUGGCCAGCACAGCUUUGCGACGUUUGACGGCGUGUCCCUUAUACGUUGGACCUGGCGACAAUCUGAAGCAUCUGGCGAAUCCUUCCAGCGGGAUCUUGCCGCGCUACGACCCAAAGGACUGCGCACGCUACAUGGAGAGGGUUCGGGCUGCCGAUAAAACCUCCAAGGAUCCACCCGAAGUCGGUCCGCAUGAAAGCGUCUCUCAAGUGGGAUCUGAACAGGAUAGCGUCGGAACCGAAAUCACGAAGGGAUCCUCGACGCUUACCGAUGCUGAAGAUCCGGGUGGAAAAAAAACCACGAACCAUGUUGAACCCGACGGUCAAAUGCUUUGGAACGAUUGCUCGCGACUGGUAUACGGUUGUCCUCGCUGUGCAGCGAUGAUAGAAGCCAAGAAUCACGCCGGUACAAAGGGAGGGAACAGCCCGAAGAACUAUGUAUCGCCCUUGGACGUACGCGGCUUCCUGUCAAUCUCAUUCUCAAACACCUCAUUGUGUAGAGUCACGCACAGAUAUGCACUUACACUCGCAUCGGAUAUGCGGGUGACCGCUGCUGCUUCGGGUUAGCGAUUCACGGUCUUAAAUGGCGUCCUUAUCAAGUGACCGGCCGCGAUGAGUUGACAAGCUGGGUGCCUGAUUGCG